AUGUCCGAAGUCUGCAUCACAAUAACCGGCGUCCGCAAGCCGGGCCUCAACGAACCCGACUUCCACAGCUACCUAACCCAGCACCAUGCCCCUCUCGCCCUGCCAUUCCUCCUGAAAUACGGCAUCAAGGAGUACAACCUGAUCGACAACUUCACCACCCUCCUCCCCCACGCCGAAGAGAUGCAAAUGUCCAAGAAACUCGCUGACUACGACUACGUCGUGCAGUUUGUCAUGGGUGACAUUGCGGACUUCAAGCGCCUGUGGGAGGACGAGGAGUUCCGGAACAGUGUGAAGCCUGAUCAUGUCAAUUUUGCGGAUGAGACGCGGUCGGGGAUAUCGAUUGGAUAUAGGACCAAGUUCAUUUCGCCGGAGAGGGAUGAACGUGGCCAGUUGAGGAAUUGA